CGAUCUUUCCCCCUGCGUCCUUGUCUUCGAAAUUUCAGAUGAGCAUCCAAACCUUCUGUUCUCUUUCUUCCUUCGGAGGUGCUAGAGAAGGUGAGCCGUUUUGGAUCGGUUUUUGAUCACCAUGACCGGCCAGCAGGAGGAGCAACAGCCGCCGUCACUAAUCUAUAUACGUCUACUGCCUUCCGGUUCCUUCCACCGCUUCCAUUUUCCUAUGUUAAACUGAGUCCUCUCACCGUCGUCGAAGCCGGUAGAUGAGAGCAAUUGAUCUUCGACCGCCGCCUUCUUUCUUCCUUCACAGUUCUCGGAAUAGCUCUAAAGUGAUGUCUACAUGUUAUGUUAUGUUCGUUCUUGAUCAGGUUGAAGUGGUCCAUUGGUGCUCCGAUUUAUCAACCCCACCUUCAGGUGCUUCUCCAACCUAAUUUUUCUCAAAUUAAAGCCAUAGAGUUGAAGGUUGACUUAUUGAAGAUCUGGAAUCAGUCCAGGUAUGGAAUUCAGGCCUGGAAAUCUUUCAACAGUCUUUGGGUGGAGGAGCCACAUCUACUACUACUACAUUUCAAAUUGAAAGGGAAGCUUUGCUUAAGGUAGAUGGGUUCUGAUAUUGAUCCAAAAAUGAAAGCAGAGAGUGAGAACGUGUGUUUCAAACUUGAUGUUUGAUAACAAAUUCGACUAUAAAGUUUCUCAACAGUUACAAAUUCGCCUCAGGGUUUUACUGUUAUUGCAUUCGGACUGGCAGUGUACAGCUUGAUAAGAAAAGCUAGGGUUCUGUAAACCGUUGUGUCUUCCUUCACAGCUUCUCGAAUGGGUCCAAGGAGGCGUUUGUGGCUGCUUAUGAGGAUUUAACAAGCGGCGCACCUGCUUUACUUUUUGGACAUGUUAUAACAUGAGGUUCUUGUGAGAAACAUCCCCUCUGAUGUUCAUGAAUCCGUUUGUGAAUAUGUUAGACCAUUUCCUGUCCUUCUUUCUUGGUAGAUGCUAGCAUUUAUUUGUGGAGGUGGGAUACCUGUAUUAUGAUGUUGGAUGUUGUUCGAAUAAUUACCAAGGUUAAUGAGUAAAUGAACUAAAGAAAGAUGCUUAUGAAGCAGGGUUUCAUUUGCGGGGUUUUCACGCCAAUCGAUAGGCCUACGGCACAUAAUAAGUGCGAGCAGCAACCAUUUUCUAAGCGAGCAGCAACCAUUUUCUACUUCAACAACUUCUACUUAUAGUUGUUUGGUGUUUUGUGACUAAACUACCCCUAUGUACAGUUUUUUUGUUCGUAUUUCAAUUUUGCUGAAAGAUCAAUUUUCCCCUACACUCAAAUAUGCAUCAGUGUAGUAAAAUGGGACAGUAUUUACAGUUUUUUUUAUGUUCAAAUUGAAUGCAAAGUUUUUUU